AUGGUGGACAAGUUUCUAACCGUGCCACCGUUUGAGUGUGCGUGGCGAGAGGAUUUAAAAUUCCAGGAAGCAGGUAGGGGAUGCGUGGCUUUCGAUGCAUUUGCCUGCAACGACGUGACAUUGGUUUUUAGGGAGAAUGUGGGAAGCCAAGGGUACCACUACAAAAGAGAUACUAGUCCUCAUUACACGAUCAUAUUGGGGAGUCAUAGGAAUCGACGUCUUAGAAUCGAGGUCAACGGUAAAACUGUUGUUGACCAGCCCGGGGUUGGUCUCUGUUGUUCCAACUCAUUUCAGAGUUAUUGGAUCAGUAUCUACGACGGUUUCAUCAGCAUAGGUAAUGGGAAAUACCCUUUCCAGGAUCUUGUUUUCCAGUGGGCUGAUUCCAAUCCUAAUUGUAAUGUUCAGUAUAUUGGUCUCAGUAGUUGGGAUAAACAUGUUAAGUAUAGAAACGUUUAUGUCCUCUCGUUAACGCACUCUCUCCUGCCGUUAUCUAAGCGCAUGUUUUUCGCUGAUUAUCAAUUUGAGGAUCAUCAUGUUGCUUACAAACACUUCCAUAUGGACAUUCACAAAUGGGGCCUCAACAAUUUUCUGGAGAGUUGGGAUUUGUCUGAUAUGAUUUUCAUCGUUGGUCACGCGGAAAGACCUGUUCCUGCUCACAAGGCUAUUUUAGCUGCUUCUGGAAACUUCAAUUUCUGCUCCUCCUUUGUCAUCACACUGCCCAAUGUUUCUUAUCCACUUCUCCAUGCAUUGCUUCACUACAUCUACACUGGCUGGACCGAGAUUCCACAUGAACAACUCGAUUUAUUGAGGGCUUUAAGUCUACAUUUUCAAGUGAUGCCACUGGUGAAGCAAUGUGAAGAGGUUAUGGAACGGUUUAAGGUAGAUAACAAGCUGUUUGACACGGGUAAGAAUGUGGAGUUAAUGUAUCCGUGUAUUGGACCUCAUCGUUCAACAUUACCUUCGCUUCCCGUCAGCAUUCAGAGACUGGGGCAGUUAAAACUAUCGGGCCAGUACAGCGACGUAGACAUCUUUAUUGAGAGUUACGGGUUUGUUGCAAGAGUACACAGAAUUGUUCUCAGCUUAUGGAGUAUCCCCUUUGCUAAGAUGUUUACAAACGGAAUGAGUGAAAGCAUGUCAUCAGAGGUUACUUUACGGGAUGUGCAGCCAGAAGCUUUCAAGGCUAUGCUUGACUUUUUAUAUGAUGGGCAAUUGAAUGAGGAAGUUAUUGAUUCUGGUUCUUUGUUACUCCAACUCCUCCUAUUGGCUGAUCGAUUCGGAGUGACAUUUCUUCACCAAGAAUGCUGCAAAAUGCUUUUAGAAGGCCUCUCACAGGACUCUGUAUGUCCACUCCUCCAUGUGGUUUCUUCAAUCCCAUCGUGUACACUUGUUAAAGAAACACUGCAGAGGAGAAUCUCCAUGAACUUUGACUAUUUUAUCAGUGCCAGUACUGACUUUGUUUUGUUAGACGAUACAACUUUCUUCAACAUCAUUAAGCAUCCAGAUCUGACGGUAACAUCUGAAGAGAAAGUUCUUAAUGCAAUCUUAAUGUUUGGCACGGAUGCGAAAGAGUUAUUUGGAUGGGAAGUGGUGGAUCAGUUAAUAAUAAAUUCAAAACCUGAAGUCCUUUUUGGGGAGAGGCUUCAGUUAGUUUAUGACUUGCUAUCAUUUGUGCGAUUUCCGCUACUACAACAUUCCUUACUCGACAAGUUGCAGAAUAGCAACAUUGUCAGACAUAUUCCUGUUCUACAAAGUCUCGUUCAUGAGGCAAUAAAUUUUGUUGAACAUAGGCUGGGAAGGCCGGAAUAUGAAAUUAAUGCUAGAUUCCAACAUAGACGGUCUAGUUACAGGGAGCUCCAGUAUAUUUGUGAUGGGGAUGACCAUGGAGUUAUGUACUUUGCAGGCACGUCAUAUGGUGAACACCAGUGGGUUAAUCCUCUUUUGGCAAAGCCAAAGAAAAUUACCAUCACAGCCAGCAGUCCCCACUCAAGAUACACAGAUCCCAAGGUUUUGGUCUCAAGAACUUACCAGGGAACGUGUUUCACCGGGCCUCGUUUGGAAAAUGGACAUAACUGUUCCUGGUGGAUGGUUGAUCUUGGACAAGAUCAUCAGCUUAUGUGCAACUACUAUACCAUGAGGCAGGAUGGCUCCAAGGCCUUUCCGAGAUAUUGGAAUAUUCAGGGUUCGGCGGACGGAAAGAGCUGGCGAGACUUGAGGGUCCAUGAAAAUGACAGGACAACAUGCAAACCUGGUCAGUUUGCAUCUUGGCCUAUAGUUGCUCCCAAUGCUUUGCUUCCCUUUAGGUAUUUCCGGGUUGUUCUCACAGGACCCACCACUGAUACUACUAAUCCUUGGAACUUCUGUAUUUGUUACUUGGAACUUUAUGGCUACUUUCUCUAA